AACGUUAAUACAGGAAAGUUUUCUUAUGUUCAUAUUUUGCGUUAGUUAGUAGCAAUAGUUAGCCUGACGUGGUCAUACUAGAAUGUGAACUUCCCGACCUCGAAUUUUGUGGGUGGGGCUAAGUUUGGCUGGCAUCCAGGCUAAGCAAUAGCAUAAGGUAGAGGGCAAUGUUAGGAGUAAAUGCGUAGUUACCUGGUCCAAGUUCACUGAGACAUUUCUGACACUUUACAAGUGGGCGCUUCCUUCGGGGUUAAGAUAGCAAUUGAUUUAGCUAGUUAGUUUGCAUAAACGCUUAACUUUAUCAGAACUAGUGUAAAUAUCUACUCCUAAUACACAUCUCACACCUUCUGUUAACGUCGUCCCAUGCAACUUUAGCUAGCGUUAGCAUAUAAGCCAGCCGAGUGAAGCUAGCUAGCUAGCGUCAUAAUAUUAACAUAUUAACUCGACUAGCAAACGCUAUCAUGUUAUCCUGUCCUGAACAUUACAUUUAAUGCCAGAGACGACUGUGAGAAUCAUGUUAAAGGACGCUAUCUAAAAGCUGCUGUAUGACUUCACAUUGCCGAAGAUCACUUAUUUAACCUAGUUCGUGUUUCUGCAACAACAAAGAACAAAAGAGUCGGUUCACUUAUUCUGAAGAAAAACGACCGGAAGUCUUAUUCCAGGGUAACUUUCCCAUCGGAGGCAGUAGCAAUGGACGAGUAUCAGACAGAAGAGGAGACUGCGUUUGUCGUUGAAGAAGUGAGCAAAAUCAUAAAAGAGUCAGUAGAAGCAGCCAUAGGAGGAAAUGCCUACCAGCACAGCAGAGUUAACCAGUGGAGCACCAGUGUAGUGGAGCAGUGCCUCAGUCAACUCAGCAAGCUGGGAAAGCCUUUCAAAUAUAUUGUAACGUGUAUCAUCAUGCAGAAAAAUGGAGCAGGUCUGCAAACAGCCAGCACAUGCUUCUGGGACAACUCAAGUGAUGGAAGCUGUGCCGUGAGAUGGGAGAACAAGUCCAUGUACUGUAUCGUCAAUGUUUUUGGACUGGCCCUCUGAACCAACUACAAUGUACCUGAAGUGUUUGCAAUAUUUAGGAUUUUGUGUAUUUUCCAGAACCAGCAUGUUAUGUUUGGUCAUGGUGCCUAUAUUUGAAUACAUAUUGUUUUUAUAGUAAGUGCAAUUAAUUAAAACAGUACUAUGCUUUAUAUACAUGUGA